AUAGCCCUCAUUUGAAGAAGACUCGGGACAAAGUGUAGAAUAGAAGAAGAAACAGAUGAUGAAGAACAUUAGAGAGUAAACUCAUUUAGCGGAGGGAUAUGCGCUCCUCCUCCCAGUCUACUUGGACAGAGGAGUCGGGAGAGUUAGGGAAAGGCUUUGAGGGGGAAAAAAAGUCAGGAAAGAAAAAACGGCUUUGAAUAGAGAAAAGUACUAAGGAAGCGACCAGCCUGCCUCGGUUAUUGAAAGGUUCCACACUAGACCUUUACCCAGGCUCUGACCACCUCACCAUAUGGUACGGACCUAACCAGAGAGACAGAACGAGAGAGGGAGAAGAGGAGGGAGAUAAUAGGUCCUUUUCCUAUUUAGACCUGCCUAUUGACUAGCUUCGUUUUUAAAUCCUCUGGGCUGUUGUGUCCCAGAGGCCUGAUCUCAGCUGAACUUGUUCCCCCGAACUGCGCUCCCCUCAGUGGGGUUGGUUGUGACCCAGCUCCAGGGUACAUCCCACCUCACGGCAGGCUUUCCUUUCCUGAGCAGCAGCAGCUGUGUCCUGCCUGCGUCCUGCCUCUAUUUCCUGUCCUUGGUGUACAAGGCUAAGCCUCCUCUCUACACUCCCCUUCCCCAAACACACCCUCUCUCCCUGUUGUACACGAUCCAAGAAGAGGACUCGUCAAAUCCCCUAACUUCCUGGUACAUUUCUCUCUCUCCCUCCUCCUUCUCACCCCGGACAGCAGCACCAUGACCUCUAUGUCCAGCCUGUUCUCCUUCACCAGUCCAGCUGUGAAGCGUCUGCUGGGGUGGAAGCAGGGCGACGAGGAGGAGAAAUGGGCUGAGAAGGCUGUUGACGCCCUGGUCAAGAAACUGAAGAAGAAGAAGGGAGCCAUGGAGGACCUGGAGAAAGCCCUCAGCAGCCCAGGACAACCCAGUAAGUGUGUGACCAUUCCUCGGUCUCUGGACGGUCGUCUCCAGGUGUCCCACAGGAAGGGUCUCCCCCACGUAAUCUACUGCAGAGUGUGGAGGUGGCCCGACCUACAGUCUCACCAUGAGCUCAAACCUCUGGAGGUGUGUGACUACCCCUUCGGCUCCAAGCAGAAGGAGGUCUGCAUUAACCCCUACCACUACAAGAGAGUAGAGAGCCCCGUGCUGCCUCCGGUGUUGGUGCCUCGCCACAGUGAGUUCAACCCUCAACACAGCCUCCUGGUGCAGUUCAGGAACAUGACUCACAACGAGCCCCACAUGCCCCUGAACGCUACCUUCCCAGAGUCCUUCCAGCAGCACAGCGGGGGCAGCGGCUCCUCUUUCCCAAUCUCCCCCAACUCCCCCUACCCUCCCUCCCCAGCCUCCAGUGGAGGGGUGGGCACCUACCCCAACUCUCCUGCCAGCUCCGGGCCCUCCAGCCCCUUCCAGCUUCCAGCUGAUACCCCACCUCCGGCUUACAUGCCCCCUGACGAGCAGAUGGGACAGGAGGGGUCCAUGGAGACCAGCAGCAGCGGGCCCAGGAACAUGCCUAGUGGGGAUGUGCAGCCAGUGGAGUAUGAGGAACCAAGCCACUGGUGCAGUAUUGUGUACUAUGAGUUGAACAACAGAGUGGGUGAGGCCUACCAUGCCUCUUCUACCAGCGUCCUGGUGGACGGCUUCACCGACCCCUCCAACAACAAGAACCGCUUCUGCCUGGGGUUGCUCUCCAACGUCAACCGUAACUCGACCAUAGAGAACACACGCCGCCACAUUGGCAAAGGCGUCCACCUGUACUAUGUAGGAGGUGAGGUGUAUGCAGAGUGUCUGAGUGACACCAGUAUCUUCGUUCAGAGCCGUAACUGUAACUACCAUCAUGGUUUCCACCCCACCACGGUGUGUAAAAUCCCUAGUGGCUGCAGUCUGAAGAUCUUUAACAACCAGGAAUUUGCUCAGCUACUGGCCCAGUCUGUGAACCAUGGCUUUGAGGCUGUCUACGAACUGACCAAGAUGUGCACCAUCCGCAUGAGCUUUGUAAAGGGCUGGGGAGCUGAGUAUCACCGACAAGAUGUCACCAGCACCCCCUGUUGGAUAGAAGUGCACCUUCACGGCCCUCUGCAGUGGCUGGAUAAAGUGCUGACACAGAUGGGCUCUCCUCUGAACCCCAUCUCUUCAGUGUCUUAAUGGUGCCCCCCCCCAGACCAGACUCUCGACCCCAUCUCUUCAGUGUCUUAAUGGUGCCCCCCCUCCCAGACCAGACUCUCGACCCCAUCUCUUCAGUGUCUUAAUGGUGCCCCCCCCUCCCAGACCAGACUCUCGACCCCAUCUCUUCAGUGUCUUAAUGGUGCCCCCCCCUCCCAGACCAGACUCUCGACCCCAUCUCUUCAGUGUCUUAAUGGUGGCCCCCCAAGACCAGACCAGCCAGGCUGGGAGUUUCUUUUACACAUUUUUUUUAAAUGUAUAUAUUUUUUAAAAUGUUUUAAUGAGUUAAAGGCUGAACUGUUUACAGUAUCUGGCUGCAGAAGGGAUGUUGAGCAGCAGAACUAAAAGAAAGAAUUAAAGAAAGAAAAAUGGAGGCUACAAGCAGAAGAUAAAAGUAAAUCCUAAAGAAGAAUAUUCAGAGUAGCGGCACAAAAUAAUGGAUAAAGUACUGCUGAGUCAUCCACUACCAACCAUGUGCUUAUUCUAUUGAGAGUAGUAGGACUGGAAAGCAUGUACCUUACUUAUAUUUUUAGUUUUUUUUAAGGAUUUUGCAUAAAAUGUUUGAUUUUCUUUCUGUAUUUUUUUUUUAGUUUUUAAAAGAAAAUAAUAAAAUGUUGUAUAUCACUACUACAAAUUUACCACAGUCAAACUACUUGUAAUUUAACUUUGCAAACUUUUUUUUUCUUUCUUGCCAUGUUUUCUAAUGCCAGAUAUUUUACAUCUAAGGUAUAGAUAUCAUUAUGUUUACUAUUAGACUCAGAUCUCAUAAUGUUUCCAUUUUAUAGUUUUAUCACUAGAAAAACUUGAGUUACUGCCAUUUUAAAUAAAGUAUGUCUAACUGGUAACUAUGAUAUGAGGAAUUCAUUACUGAAUGCUUUGAACAGGUGACAAGCUAGAAACAACACACUUCUCAGAGGAGAACUCGUCAAUAAAGUUGUCAAUGAUG